GACAGCCGUGGCAGGUCAAAAAAGAAUGGUGCACAUCGAUUGCCACACACGUUCUUCCGCCCUCCUAUCCAUCCCCCCUUCCCGAUCACCGUCACCAUUCUCCGUCUGCCGGACGAUUACCUUUGAUCCGAAGCUAUGUAAAACAGACGGGAACGGAAUUCUUCCAUUUCUCCAUUACUUUCAUCAAUAAUUCAAUUCGUCUUUUGUCUCCACUUUACUCAAUUUUCCUUUCGAAGCCGCGUCCUUGCAGUAUCAACCUGAAGGUUGGCAUUUCAUUGCUCAAGUAGGGGGGAUUCGUGGGUUGAAGGGGAGUCUUUGGGGACACAACAUGCUCUAAUGCUCAAAAUCAACUCAAAAAGGAUACGUUUGCUUUGUGCUAUACUCACACUUGUUAGUGUCUUGUUUCAAUCUUAUACGUUUUUUUACCAACUGGCAGGGUGGGCUGUCCACCCUUAUGAGGAAGCUUUACCCAAUAAGAAUUAUGAGAGGCUUUUGGAGGAAAAUGCAAGUGUUGUAGAGAAUGUUGACCAUUUGGAGGGUAUUCAACAUGUCCAGUUCUUCACUCCACACAUUUCUUUUGCAAGUCAGAAUCUAUCUAAGAAAUCUCUGAGAACAGAUGACCAGAUUGCUCAUGUAAGAAAUAGGAGAAAUAUCGAGCCUCCUUAUGUACCUUCUCGCAUUCCUGGUAGAAACGUGUCUAAUCACAUGCUGAGAUAUAUCACAUCAUUAACACCUAAUGAAGGACUUGAAUAUGGUAAAAAGGAGAUUGAGCAUGCCCCGUUGGUUGCUGAUGAUCCAGACUUGUAUGCUCCUCUAUUCAGAAACGUUUCUACUUUCAAGAGGAGCUAUGAGUUAAUGGAGCUCUUACUCAGAGUUUACAUAUACCAAGAAGGAAAGAGACCUAUUUUUCAUCAACCACAUCUCAAAGGGAUUUAUUCAUCUGAGGGAUGGUUUAUGAAGCAUAUGGAGGAAAAUCAUCAAUUCGUUACAAAGGACCCAGAAAAGGCUCACCUAUUCUAUCUUCCAUACAGUGUCAAACAGUUGCAGAGAGCGCUUUAUGUACCCAACUCCCAUAACCUCAGGCCUUUAUCUUUAUUCCUACGGGACUAUGUGAAUGCGGUAUCAGCAAAAUAUCCUUUUUGGAACCGCACACAUGGAUCAGAUCACUUUUUGGUGGCUUGCCAUGAUUGGGGACCUUACACUUUAAAGGAUCAUGAGGAGCUGCUCAAAAACACAAUAAAGGCACUCUGUAAUGCAGAUCGAUCUGAAGGAAUAUUUGUUCCUGGGAAGGAUGUUUCCUUGCCAGAAACCACCAUAAAGAAUCCCAGAAGGCCCCUUAGGAACCUUGGUGGGAAAAGAGUUUCACAACGCACAAUUCUUGCCUUUUUUGCUGGACAUGUGCAUGGAAGGGUUCGUCCUAGACUUAUAAGGUAUUGGAGUGAUAAGGAUGAAGACAUGAAGAUCUAUGCGGCUUUACCAAACAGAGUGUCCAAAGUAAUGAGUUAUCCUGAUCAUAUGAAAUCCAGUAAAUAUUGCAUAUGUCCAAUGGGGUUUGAAGUGAACAGCCCGAGGAUCGUUGAGGCAAUAUACUAUGAGUGUGUCCCAGUUAUAAUUGCCGAUAAUCUUGUCCCUCCUUUCAACGAUGUGCUCAACUGGUCUGCAUUUUCAGUGUUUGUUGCUGAAAAAGAUAUUCCUAAACUGAAAGAUAUUCUUCUACGUAUUCCUGUGAAACACUAUCUUACAAUGCAGAAUAAUGUCAAAAAGUUGCAGAAGCAUUUCCUCUGGAACUCACGACCAACUAGGUUUGAUUUAUUCCAUAUGGUUUUACAUUCACUCUGGUUAAGUAGGCUCAACCAACAUCAGUUGUAAUAUUUGGCCUGAAAUUCUGUUUGGUGGAUGCUAAGUAUGUAUGGAUAUGAGCCAGCUUAAGUUUAUCUUAAGUUGGCAGCUAUAUUCACACAAGUGUGGAAGUGUUUUUAUUGUUCUCGAGAAAGUUGAUUAAUUUACUUGGGUCACAUAAAGCCUGUCAUAUGAUGUCAGGUACAACGCCCAUGUUCUUUUUUUCCAUUGUUGUUUGAGCUACAACCAAAAGAGUGUGGAAGUGAAUAUUUAUUUAUCCUGGAGACAAGAUUCAGAGCAACAUAACAUUAUAACUUUCGCCACUUUGGUAGCAUUCAAGGAGAGAUUUCUAGGUGUCUGAUUUUCAAAGAUUGCUUACUUAAUAGACCAAACUGCAGAAUACAUAGCUGCAUGUUGCAUCAAUGUACAUAAUGCAUAGGAUUAGUGUGUUCACUAACCUACUUAUACAAAAACUUGAUUUAGAUGAAUUAUCCUUCAUAUUCUAUUUUCUUAGUGCUUUCACAGAAGCGCACAGGUACUAGUAUAUUACAAUCUGAAUAUCUGAUGGUAUCUAUGGAUUUUCUUUUUCGUAAUCAAGAAACAUGUAAACCCAUUCUUUUUUAUAUGAACCUCCAAUGGAGGACUUGAAGAAGUUGAUGGCUUUUCCACUUGUGCUGAUCUUUUUGCUCAAGUGAGAAUUCCAGUAGUUCUUGGUUUCAUUUGCCUGUUCUCCAUGGAAGUCUCCCAGCUAUCAAAGAUCACCUAUUGAAGAAUUCAUAUAAGCUGUCUGCUUUUCCCUAAACAAUUCAUUCUUCAGCAGGAAACAUGAGAUUCGUUUGCAGCUCUUCCCACACCUAUUCAAACUUGCAAGAACAUGAAAACCAUAAUGGCAAAUGCCAAGAGGGCAAAAAUAACCUGAUUUCAGCUGUCCAUGCUCCGUGUACAUUCUUUCUAGCUGUUCCGCUCUUUCUCAAGACCAUCAGAGAAAGGUUACUGGUUGGUUGUUCAGAGAGGAAUGUGGUCCAUGUGGACGUGAUUGUGUUUUCUGUUUGUGUACUUGCCUCUCUAGUAGAGAGAUGCUUGUGUGGUUAGACGACUUUUAAAAACACUUUUUACAAAUAAGCUCGUUUCUGACCCAAAUGGUAAAACUAUUGAAUAAUCUAAGAAAUAUUGACAUAAUAUGACUGAGAUAAAUACUAUGCAUAGACUAAAAUGUGACC